AUCCAUCGCUUUCGCCGAUAGAGGGCGCCGUUAGAGACAAGCAUGGUUGUCAUUAUCGGUCAAAUGUUUGACUGCUUAUAAACAAUUUUCGACAUUACAAUGACCUCACUCGUAUCUCAAGCGGUUUCAGUAGAAUUAGGACCUCAAGUGCCUUGGCCAGAAAAUGUGUCCUUCUACCAGCCCUAUGAAUCUGACCAGAUCCUGUUACCAGACUGUGCCAACUGCUUAGCUGUAAAAACAUUUCUCCACAUGAAUGGCCUGAACUUUUUGGUGGAACUGAGGACCAAUGCUGAGGAAAUGUCCCCUUCAGGGCGAGUACCGUUUAUUCAAGUUGGUGCUUUCCUGAUAUCUGAACUUGACCCAAUCAUUGCUUUUGUGAAUACUAAGGGCUUUAACUUGAGUGAGAACUUAAAUGAAAUACAGAGAUCUGAAAUGAGGGCCUAUAUGAGCCUUGUGGAAAACAUUCUCGUCAAUGCAGAGUUAUACAUCUGCUGGUGUGAAGAUACAGUUUACUCUCAGGUGACCAAGAAACGACAUGGAUCCAUUCAUCCCUGGCCAUUAAAUCAUUUAUUACCAUGGAAACGGAGACAGGAAAUAAAAUCUCGGAUGAAGUCCACAGGAUGGGGGAAGAAGACCAUGAAUGAUGUAUGCGAUGAGGUAAUCACAUGUUGCCAGGCUCUUUCAGAAAGAUUGGAUAGACAGAAAUUCUUUUUUGGAGAAAAACCAACUGAACUAGACGCUUUAGUAUUUGGACACUUGUACUCAAUCUUGACAACAAACCUACCUGUUACUAGACUGGCAGAAAUAAUCCGUGGCUACCCUAACCUGGCUGAGUUCUGUCGCAGAAUCGAUGAAACUUAUUACAGAGAGUCUGACUUUGAGGAAGUUUGACCCCUGCCACUGAUUACUGCCACACAUAGAGACUUUAA